AUGAAGUGGCUCCAGCUCGCGUUUCUACUAGCGCUGGCAGCGAUCUCGGCUGCCGACCAGCUGCCGCAAGUCUCCAUUGACCGCCAGGACGUCCCCUACGACGCCAUCCGCUACUUCGACGACUCGCACUCCAUCGUCGCUUUACGAGACCACCAGCUCCUCGUCCUGCUCGACGAUGGUAAUUCGUUCCAGCAGGUGGAGGAGCUGAAGGAUCUGCUGAUCAUGACGUUGCAGAUGGACAAAUUCACCAAGCAGAGGGCGUUUGCCUUUGACCUCAAGGGGAAGCUUUUAUUCCUGAAAGAUGAAGGGAAACUGUGGAAAAAGAUUACCUUUUUAACUAAAGGCGACCAGUUUAACAUUGGCCGACGCAGUCGUCCCGAUAUCCGGUUUAACGCCGCCAAUUCCGACCUUCUUUUGGCCCAAGUGCCCGUUUGCAAUUUGGAAGGGUGCUACAACAAGUACUUCUACAGUGACUCUGGUGGUGAUAAGUGGCUCCCAUUGAUUGCCCACGCUGAACUGUGUGCGUUUCUCCAAUCACUGGAGCAUUUUACUGGUGGUACCGACCGAUCAGUUAUUUGUGGGGUCAAUGCCCGUGAUCAACGAGGCCAUGUCACUGGGGCUAGUGUCUUGAGAAGUGACGACUGGUUUAAGCUGCGUCAGGAAUUGCCCCACCCUAAGAUUGAACACGGUCGGGUGCGUGAUGUUCGCGUUAAACUGCUGUUCCUCGUGGUGACUGUAGUUAACGACCGUUACUCCAACGAUGCCGAUAACCACCACCUCGAAAUGUUGAUUCUGACUACUGGUGAAACGUUAGAAGAACUGAAUUUCUCCUCUAGUGUCGCUCGUGGCCGGGUACUGUUUUUACCGCUGACACCUCAACUGUUGCACGUGAUGGUGACUCUGUACGCUAAGCUGGAAUUCGGUACGUUCCCUUUGCUGACAGUGUUUGCUUCGGACACCUCGGGGCUCCGUUUCCGCUCGGUGAUGAAGAACGUGGUGCUGCUGGACGUGCUCAAAGUGCAGACGAUUGACGGUGUUUGGUUCGUCAACGUGGCGCAAAAGAACGAGGUCGACGAUGAGCCCAACUUUGGCAGGCCAAAGUCACGCACUCAGUAUACCAUUGACGAAGGCCGCACGUGGCGUCUGUUGAAUAUCAACCCUGAUACUGAAGAAGGCAAAAAGUGUAAUGCUGACGUCCAGUGUUUCCUCAACAUCAUGCCUCCGGGAGUGACCAGUGGUGACGGUAAAUACGAAACUGGGGCUACUCCCGGUAUUUUGAUGGCGGUGGGUAAUACUGGUGCUGUGUUAAAAGCCAACGAUAUCAGAGAAUUGAAAACCUGGGUUCUGCGUGAUGGUGGCGCUACCUGGUCUAAAGCAGUCGACGAACCGUGUGCGUUCUCUUUUGGUGACCACGGUAACGUGAUUAUUGCUGUUCCAUGGGAAGUGAAAGAAUACUACUACUACUCAGUCGACCAAGGUCGGCUGUGGAAACAAGAGAAGUACCCGGAUAACGCUAAAGUGGCCGCGGGUAAAGUCACCACCACCGUCGACGGGCUGGCGCUUCGCUUCGUGAUGGAAUCGCAAACUGAUCAAUUUAUUACCUACGACUUCUCCAACGUAUUUGACGGUAAAACGUGUGGUGAUGGCGAUAUGGAAGAAGUCUAUGCUCGCGUCGACGAAGGCGAACCCACUUGUCUUUACGGUACCAAGCAGAAGUUUAAGCGGAGAAAAGCUGACGCCAAGUGUUUCAUCAAUAAGCUCUGGGAAGAUCUUUUCGCCGACGACGAACAGUGUGAGUGUUCCGAACUGGACUUUGAGUGUGCUGCUGGUUUUGCCAUCCUGGCUAAGGAUAUCAGUGGCCAUACCUGUGUUGCUGACCCUGAGCAGUUGAAGCAAAUGUGCCAGGGCCAAGAGGGCAAGAAGUUGCGCAUCCCCGAUAAGCGCAAGAUGGUGGGCGAUGAGUGUCGUUUCUCCGGAAAGAAGGAACUGGACUACGUGCUGAUUAAGGAGAUUGAUUGCAGUCAAUAUACUGGUGGUGCCCCUUCGGGAGGUAUCAAGCAAUUCUCCAACGAGAUGCUGGGAGCCAUCAAGAAGUACUUCUACGUGCGUGAAGGCCACCCCGAUGACGAUAACCCUAACGAGUUUGGCGGCGAAAAUGUCAUUGUCCAUCUUACCAACGGUGAAGUUUACGCCAGUGAAGAUGGCGGUGAAACCUUUGCCAAAGUGGAAACGUCCGACCACAUCCUCAGCAUCCGUAAAGGUGCUGCUCCUGGCGUGGUGGUCCUCGUGGGUCUGAAGAAGUUUUACUUUUCUGAUGAUGGUGGUAACUCGUUCAAGCCCCGCGACAUGCCGCUGGAGCCGUUGGGCCGCGUGGGUAAGCUCGAGUUUGAUGAAAAGGACUCGUCUAAGCUUAUGUGGUUCGGCUGUAAGACGGGCCCUGUGUGUGAGUUCCCCGACGUGUGGAUCAGUGACAACAGCGGUGAGCUGUUUAAGCCGCUUAUCCAAAACGCCUACCGCUGUCUGUUUGUCCAUUUGGGCAACACCACUGACGAAAAGAUCUUGUGUACCGUGCGCAAGGAAAACGACCGUAUCGACUUGAUCCUGACCACUAACCGGUUUAAAGAUACUAACGUGUUGUUUGAACACGUGAUCGACUACGCGUUGCUGGGUGAGUUCUUGGUGGUGGCGGUAUACAACGCCAAGGGUGAUGGUUCCGACUUCAAAGUACUGAUGGAUGCUGUGACUUUCGCUCAAGCUCUCUUCCCUCUGGACCGUACUACUCGUUUGGGUACGGUGCUUGAUUCUCAAUCGAAGGCGUUAUUCCUCUUCCAGCUGGUCGACGACGAUCUGGGGGUUAUUCUUAAGCUGAACUCCAAUGGGACUUCUUACGUCACUGCGCUUACUGAUGUUAGCCGUGAUUCUUCUGGUUACGUUGACUACGAUCGUAUUGACCUUUUGGAAGGCACGCUUUUGGCUAACCAAGUUGUGGACCGUAACCCGAAGAAGGUACGCACGGUGAUUUCCCACAAUGACGGUGGUGAAUGGGCUUUCCUCACUCCCCCCAAAGUUGAUGUGAACGGCAAGUCAUACAAGUGUUCUGGAGGCAACUGUCACCUCCAUUUGGAAGGGUACACUAACCGUACCGACAUGCGCGAUACCUAUGGCCUGACCCUGGCCACUGGGAUGUUACUUGGUAGCGGCAAUGUUGGUGAGUACUUAGAUCCGUUUGACCCUGAGUUCGGUACGUUCAUGCUGGUUGACGGCGGUGUCACUUGGAAGGAAGUGGCUAAAGGAACCAUGCACUGGGAAUUCGGUGACCAUGGCCUGGUGGUGGUGUUGGUAGACAAGUACCGCCCCACCCAAGAGCUUCAAUUUUCGGUGGACAACGGUGACUCCUGGAACCGCUACCAGUUCCUGGAUACCCCCGUGCUUGUGGACGACUUGGCUACUUCUCAACGGGAUACGCUGCUUAAGUUUGUCCUUUUCACCUACGGCUUGCAAUCACGUACCGCGGAAGUGGUCACUAUUGAUUUCCAGGGUCUCUUCGACCACCAGUGUCAGGUGAACUUUGACCACCCUGACUCCGACGACUACGAGUACUGGACCCCUCCCUACUUUGGUGACGGGUGUAUCUUUGGCCACCGGGCUCUGUACCUCCGUAAGGUCAAGGGACGCAUGUGUUUCGUUGGUGAGGCUCCGUUGCUGGAAGGGUACAAGGUAUUGACCAAUUGUCUGUGCACUCGUCAAGACUACGAGUGUGACUAUAACUAUGUGCGUGAUCCUGCCGAUAACACGUGUAAGCUUGUGCCUGGUCAAUCGCCCAAGGACCGCAAGGAACAGUUGUGCUCGAUCGAAGGCGAAUUCCAAUACUUUAAGCCCACGGGUUACCGCAAGUUGCCGUUGCUGACGUGUGUUGGUGGUACUAAGUUUGACCAGACCAAGCCCGAGCCUUGUCCUGGCAAAGAACACGAGUUCCGCCAACACUAUGGCUACAGUGUUCUGGGUUUCAAGGUGUUCUUUGUGUUUGGGGUCCCCGCCCUUAUUUUCUUAUUCACCACGUGGUUUGUCUAUGACCGCGGUAUUCGCCGUAACGGUGGCUUCUCGCAAUUGGGUCAAAUCCGUCUUGAAGAUGAGAUCCACUUGAUUGAAGAAAACAACACCGAUAAAGCGGUGAACGCCAUCGUCAAGGCCGGUAUCUACGCGGUGGCUGGGGUGUACGCGGCGGUGAGAACCAUAUACCGUGUCGACCGAGCAUUGAUUGAACGGGUGGUGUCGGUGUUCCGCGGGCGGUCCCAGGGCACGUUCGUCCUGGUCCCCGAGGAGGACGAGUUGUUUGGCGACUUCCACGACGAAGACGCCCGCGAGUACGACGAGUUUGAGAUCCCCGACGACGACGAAGGCGAUGUUGACGAGCGGUUGUUUGGCAUCGACGACGGCGAAGAGGAUAUCAAUAACGAGACCACUCGCUGA